CGUGGGUGGCUUUAGUGAAGUCCUGGUUCUGGUCGUGCGCUGGACCGCUUGCGUGUCUGAGGUAGCAGGCCGUAGUAGAAGGAUCACGAGUUUAGGAGUUAAUUUUUUCAUGUCCAUCUCACCCGUUAUCACUGAAACGCCCGUUGUUUUAUGCAGAAAAAAAGGAUAAAGAGGUGUCGAAAAACUCUAGGCCUAAGUAGGCCUCCGGUAACGACCAAUGAAUUAUAAACAUAGCCUGUAGCGUCUAUGAAGGAACCGAAGCGCAUUUCUAUUAUUAGCCUAAUGAUAUGCGCUUUACUUCUCUAAAUCCUUCGACGGCAUUGAGUGCUGAAUGACUUAAACACACACAUGGACGCUUUGCCUCACGUUUCCCAGUGCCUCCAGAUUGGGUAACGGCGUGAUAGCGCGGCGUGUCACUUAUCCUGAUUGCAACUCCCCGUGGAGACGCACCGCGCUGUGCGGGAUCACUCCUCCGCACGACGCACCAAGGACAUGCGGGAGGCGGUCUGCGUGCUGAAACUCCAAAGGCACCUGGCUGUCCCCCCUCACCACACACCUGGUCGGACGACACACGUCUCUGCGCAUGCUCCGUUUGCGGUGCAAUCUUUUAAAGCAAUUGAAACCGCGGUACAAACCAGAGGAGUUGGACUCUUUUCAGACUCACUGCAGCAUCGCACAGAGGAGCCCCUGAUUGCUCCGGAUUAUCACAGAUUUGUUUUCUAAAAGGCCGUCUGCUGGAGAAGAUGCCUAGGUCUUUCCUGGUGAAGAGCAAGCGGGCCCACAGCUACCACCAACCGCGUACCGUGGAGGACUACAGCCGGCUGGAUACCAUACUGGCGCAGAUAUGUUCAGAAGCAGACACGAUCCCAGAAGACUCGAUGGACCCGUACGGCCUUUCUCCGGGGUCUCACCCGGCUGAUAAAGGGAGUUAUUUCCCCGUCAAGUCCCCGGGGAGGAGCGGGGAGGACAGCGUGUGUCAAUCCCCGGACUACGAGGACUUCUGGCGCCUUCCCUCCGCGUCUCUGUCCCCAGUGAACUCGGAGAAAUCCCUGUCGCCUUUGGUGGAUGAGACCCAGCCCUUCGUGGUGCCCUUCAGGCCGUACGCCUGGAACAGCUACUCGGGGUCGGACCUCAGGCACCUGGUGCAGCAGAGCUUCCAGCACCACGACGCGGACUUGGACCAAAGCGCGUGUCUUUCCUUUAACGAGGACAGCGCCAACAAGGCUGCUCUCUUCGCGGAGAGGACGGGAGAGGAGGACUACGGCGACUACAGGCCCACCAUUGGUGGGUUCAACCGAGCCCCGGUGUUCUUCCCCGACGAGGUCCUCCACGGACCCUCCCACGACCACCUGAAGACCCCGUCCGAGUUGCUCUGUUCGCGGCUCAUCCACAACGGCACGUACAAGUGCGUCAAAUGCAGCAAGGUGUUUUCAACCCCGCACGGUCUGGAGGUCCACGUCCGAAGGUCUCACAGCGGGACGCGGCCGUACGCGUGUGACAACUGCGGCAAGACUUUCGGACACGCAGUGAGCCUCGAACAACACAAAGCGGUGCACUCACAGGAAAGAAGCUUUGACUGCAAAAUCUGCAGUAAAAGUUUCAAGCGGUCUUCGACACUAUCCACGCACCUCCUGAUCCACUCGGACACGCGGCCCUACCCCUGCCAGUACUGCGGAAAGAGGUUCCACCAGAAAUCCGACAUGAAGAAGCACACCUUCAUCCACACAGGGGAGAAGCCGCAUAAAUGCCAAGUGUGCGGGAAAGCUUUCAGCCAGAGUUCCAACCUCAUAACGCACAGCCGGAAACACACGGGAUUCAAACCAUUCGGAUGCGACCUCUGCGGCAAGGGCUUCCAGCGCAAGGUGGACCUGAGGCGGCACAAAGAGACGCAGCACGGCCUCAAAUGAACUCUUCCCACAACAAAAACUUUAUAACGAGAACAUUCAGAAACACUAAACUAGAAUAUGUUGGCCUAUACAACAGAGAACCAGUGAUAAGCUAUGGAAAUCAGGCUUCGAGGAUGCGGUUGUGUCAAUGACGUUUCAAAGCUGGUUUGAAUUCCCUUGGGUGGAUCUGAACCCAAAAUAUUGACACUCCUGCUCCCAAUCGGUGCUCCAGCAAGAGGAGCUCACGGAAAUCUGCGCCUCUCCAAAGAGCGGUAUUUGUUGUCAGUGGAGAGUAAUGCGGGCAAAACAAGACACACGACUGUGUGAUUUAAUACACAUAAGGGUGACUCAUUUAACAAUGCUGUUUCCAUUUUUGCACAUUGUGUUGUUGAAAAAUAUUCCCAUAGCCUAUAGGCCUGCCAUUGACGUGGUAUAGCCUAAGAUGCUAGCUGGUUUGAAUUAAAUUAAAUAUUACAAUAAAACAAAUUAUACAUUUUCUAUUUAAAUAUCAUUAGCCAUGGGACAAAAAUAAUUAGGCUACAAUGUAUCCCUAUUAUUGUCCUUAUUAUUGCCAAUAGCCAAAAUACAUCCGACCUCACGUGGUCCGUGCAUUUCAUGCAAUGCAAUUAGGCCUAUAGAACUCGUUUGAUUUUAUUUAGGCGAUUUUAUAAGAAACGUCAUUUUUGGUUUUAACUUUCUUACAGACAUUUUUUUUAUCAAUAACUGAUAGACAGCAACACGGUUUGGGAUCAGUGUCCGGGCAUUGCACUUUGAGUGCAGUGUCAAAGUGCAAAGUCAUGUGUAAUAGCCAGGAGUCGCUUUCGCCGUCGGCUAUUUGUGUGCAAAACGCCGGGAGACCAGAGAGUGAAGUCUCCAGAAAGGUCUUGUCUCUGGGCGAGGAAGAGUGCGGUCGGACGUCCGUCUAUAAUUAAUCAGACAAGGUUCUUCAGCCGAGAAGACUCGUUUUCUGUUAUUUAACAUUAAUGGCGACCCAAUGCCAGAUUCGUUCUUAAAUCUAUUAGAAAUCAGAUUAUCUCAAUGUUAAAAAUAAGUAGGAUGUCCCCAUAUGUAUUUUUAUUGGUAGGCCUAUUUUUUAGAGUGCGGUCAUUCGGAGAUAAAGCAACAACACAAACAUCAACGUAUAGGCUUUAACACCGGAUUGGGGUUGGAUAUAAUUCUUUGGAUUCAGUAAAUCCCUCAUAAAAUGAGCAGAGCAAGCAUAAACGGGCCAGUCUAACUUCACGGGUUAUAAAGGGAGAUUUCUGACGCAAAGAAAAAAUCAUAUUAUUACAGUAGCCGUGACAUAACUCGUCAUAGGCUAUACUACUAUUUCCAAAUUUCUUUGACGACAUGUGGGUGUUCGUGUGUGAAUGUGGUCACCUAUCUUGCUUUUGCUACUUUAAAGAGGAAGGUGGCCUAUCCUAACUUAAGUCAAGUGUCUCGUUUUAUCUAACACGCAAAGAAAAAAAUCUGAAUAAUAGUUCUAAAUAAAAAAAUACAAUUAAAUCAACUGGUCCGCCCCACUUUGGCUACGUCGAGUAGCGGGUCUGAAGAAGCGCAUUCAGCCCAUUGUAUCGGUGGCUCAACUUGUCUGAGCAGCAUUUCGUUUUUCGCAAGGUGUUUUAAGGAACUGUUUGUUUUGGCUCGUCCUUUGUUUUUACG